UGACGUGUCAUUUUCCGCACAGGCAUUAUGGGCUCCAGGAAUGAAGAAAAAUUCAUGAAACUCAGGCGAGAAGCGCGCUUAUAGAUGAUAUAUGUCAUAAAGAUCAUCUCGACCGUAACGAUCAGCAUGAUUAUGGUCAUGUGUAUGACGCUCAGCAGCGUUCGCGGCUGAACACAGACACGUUUAUUGAUGUGUGUGCAGCGUCGAGGGUUUGUUUAUGUGUCUCGCGCUGGAACCGAAACAUCCCAGUCGGCUUUAAUUGAUUUAUUAAUCAUUCGUUAGAGUUGAAUUAGUGUGGAAUGAGUGUGAAGAUGUCGACCAGCAGCCCCGAAGCGGUGAAGAAACUCCUGGAGAACAUGCAGGCGGACCUGCGCUCUCUGUCCAUGGAGUGCAAGAAGAAAUUUCCUCCUGUCAAAGAGGCUGCAGAGUCUGGCAUCGUCAAGAUCAAAACCAUCGCUGCAAGAAACACAGACAUCCUGGCAGCGCUGAAGGAGAACAGUUCAGAGGUGGUCCAGCCGUUCCUCAUGGGCUGCGGAACCAAAGAACCCAAAAUCACCCUGCUGUGUCUCGCCGCCAUUCAGAGACUCAUGUCCCAUGAAGUCGUGUCCGAGCCGGCGGCGGGGAACAUCAUUAACAUGCUGUGGCAGCUGAUGGAGAAUGGACUGGAGGAGCUCAAGCUGCUGCAGACAGUUCUGGUGCUGCUCACCACCAACACCGUCGUGCACGAUGAAGUGCUGUCCAAGGCCAUCGUUCUGUGUUUCCGGCUGCACUUCACUAAAGACAACAUCACCAACAACACGGCGGCCGCCACCGUCAGACAGGUCGUGACCGUGGUGUUUGAGAGGAUGGUGGCGGAGGACGAGAAAUUCAAAGGUCUGACGGAAGAGCCUCCUGCUGUCCAGGGCAACAGUAACCGGCGCUCCGUCAGCACCCUGAGACCCAGCGCUAAAGACGCCUACAUGCUGUUCCAGGUCAGUCGGUGGAUACAUUAG